AUGGCUCGUAAAUAUGACCAGACCGUGCUCUUCCAUUGGCUAUUGACAAUAUCAUUUGUGUUGCUUGUGAAGGAUACAAGGGCUAUUGCGCAGCGGGCAUUCAGAUCAUCCAGGACCAGGCUUAGCACUUCGGGUGCCAAUGAUAGGACGAUCACCAUCCCCAGUAAUGUCAAUGCAUCCGUCACCGCAGAACACCAAAAUACGCCAUCAGGCUCUCUCUACCCACAGGUGGAACCACGUGAAGAAUGGGAGGAUGCCCAAGGCGUAAUGGACAACAUUGAAGAAGCCCCGGCUCCCGAUCUGGUAAGCCUUUUCUCAUUAAUCAUUUCACAGCGGACGCUAAAUGAGGCUUCUGAGCAGGGUGAACUUGCAGACAUCGUCAAUGGCGAUGACUUAGAUUUCAUCAUGAAUAUUGGCUUUGAUGCCUCACCAUUUAAUCAUGUCGACCCACUGCAAUUCUUCGUGGCCGAUAAGCUUACAAAGCCUGGACCGCAGGCUGGUUUUAUAUAA